AUGCUGGACUGGAUGAAGGGGGAAGGCGCUGAUGCCGGUAUGUUCACUACUCUCCAGACCAAGGCUCCGCUGACCAUGAAUGCUGGUGAAGACACCUCGAAGGUGCUAGAGCCUCCCGAAACCCCGGCGCCCGUGUUCGCUCUGCGCGCCUUCAAAAGUGCUAUCUUUGGCACCCCCGGUGCUGAGGAUGACGAGAAAACCCCGCGACCGGCCAAACCAAGACAAGAACCUCACCAGCGCAGCAAGAGCGAGCCUUUUAAACCCGAGCCGAUCGAGGCACCCGAGCUCAAACCAGACUCGGACGACGCGACGGGCAAUCUCUCAGGCACCAUUUCCAACCGGCGCAAAACGGUUUCCUUCGGCGAGGGCGUCGUCGAUAAUGAAGGCAAGCGAGAGUCGCCGAGCAAAUCGAGAACGCCCCAGCCAUCUGGUAGCCUGAGUGUGCAAUGGAUGUCUGGAUCUGCAGAUGGCAAGCGCAGCAAACUUACGCAGUCACUCAUUGAUGCUCGGGAAAACACGUCCACCAAGCCUACCCUCACGACACCUCCUGACCCGUCGCCGAAUCCCAGCUCUGCGACGCGCUCGGAAGACGAAGCUGGGGCAGAGGACAUCACGCUCAACUUGGACGAGCCGCGCUCGGAGUCAGGGAAAUACUGGAAAACGGAAUUCGAUAAUUACCGCAUGCGCACCAAUCGCGAGAUUAAGAAGUUGGUACACUACCGGUCGGUCUCGAAGUCGUAUGCGCGCAAAAAAGACGAUGAAGCGCUUCGCCUGAUGCAGAAGCUCAAGGAGGAGGAAGAAAGGGUCGCGGAGAUGGAGCGACAGGUGACGCAUCUUGCUGCGAGUGUUUUGGGAGAGGAUUCGAAAAGUGACAAGGAGCAGUUGAUCAAAGAUUUGACCAAGCAAACCGCAUUGGCUUUGCAGUACAAACAACAGGUCACGUCUUUGCGCGCCACACUAGAAAAGCAAGGUGUAUUCGAGGGAUCUGGAUCAUCCGGAGCUGACUCAAAGGAGAGAAAAGAUGAGACCUCGUUGGCGCAGACCCCAGAUGAACUGCGUAAUAUCCAACAAGAAUUAAAGCAAGCUAAUUCCAAGCUUGAAGAAUUGGAGCAAAAGAACCCGGAUCUCAGCAAGCUCCAAAAUCUAGCUCAGAGCUCUGAAAAGAAAGCCCAAGAGCUAGAAAAAGAGAACACAUCUCUCAAACUGACCCUGGCGCGUGUGAAACAGGAGAUGUCACAAUACGAAGGCCGGCGCAAGGAAAAAGAGGCCAGACUCAAGCAAAGAGAGAUAAAACUUGAAGCCCGCGUCCAAGAGUACCGUGCUCGUCUCAAAGCCACCAACCAGGAGCACCGACAGUCGGAAGAAGCCCUCCGCAAGGAAUUCGAAGCAGAGCGCCGGCGCAUGCAAUCCCAAAUCGACCAGCUCAAGACACGAGUCAUAGCAGUCGAACAGGGCCCCAUCCUCCGACCCCAGCAACGAACUUCCUUGAGCCCUCGAAAGGCAUACACAGGCAUCCAAAUACACGACUUCGCAGAAGACCCCACUGUCGACAUCGAAACAACAGAUGACAUGGACGCACCUCCAAGCCCUAGCCCUCGCUCCAAGGGCCGCGACCUCCGACAAUACCGCAACGCUACAACAGGCGCCCUGGAUAUGAAGCGCACCUCUCGUGAAAUCGCCGCGGACGAUGACGAAGUCACGCACUACCUGAACGAGAUCCUGCCCAGAAGUGCAACCCACCGAGACAAAGACAUCAUACCCCCUUCAUCACCCCCCAAUAUCUCCGUGUCUCCCAUGAAGGCCCUGAACCCCGGAUACCCACGACAUGCGAACCGAGAUGAUGAGAUCGAUGUCCUGCGCUACCGCCCGAUUCACCGGGAUACGGACGCAAGCACCGCCCGGCGAAUACGCACCGCCCUCGCGCCCACAUCAAGUCCACAUUGGACUCGAUCACAGGCCCGCGCGGGUAUACCAUCGCGGGGGAUCGAUCGAGUAAAACUCGAGCUGGCCUCGCUGAUCUGA